UCUGCCUUUACCUGGUUGACGAAUCCUUGACAAGGCCAGCUUCGUGACGUCAUCAGCGGUGGAUAUAAAGGGCUCCCGGCAGCAAUGCAGCUUCAGGAGACAAAGCGACAGCAGCAGCGGCAAAAUGCUCACGCAAUACUUCUUUAUUGUGAAGCCACGCAGGCCUGAAUUCUACCACACUUUGGCAUUUCUGGUGAUGAUCAUUCUUUCUAGCACAAUCUUAAGGAUUUCCUCGUGUACUAUUGACUGCUUAAGCGAGGACAAGCCAAAAGCAAUAUGCUUACAAGGCGCCCCCGGCCAAAAAUGCAACUGCACAUGCGUUCCCGGUUCAGUGUCGUGUCCGCCAUUGCCAAGUGAGCUUAGACUUUGCCCAGGCGAUGAUCCUCCUCCUUGCCCUUAUGGAUGGGAGUUUCUUCUAGGAAUAUCUACAUGCACCUGCACUUGCCCUUGAUGGCCCUGACGGUCAAUGAAGCUGGGCCAAGUACCACUUUGUCAAGGUGUGCAUUCUGCUAAAUUCAUAUGAUCCGCAUCUCCGCUGUCAGCAGCUCCUGCUUUUUUUCGAGAAGACUGCUUUCGACAGAAGCUUCGUCUUAAUGCACGCUCUUCUUUAAAAGAUGGCAUUAAAAAAAUUCUGCAGAUUUCGCACAUUGCACGGAUGAAUGUUAUGUAAAGUGUACGGAAUGCACCUAGCUAUCCAGCAUCGCUACCGGGCUCUAUAAAUUGCUCAUAAAUCAAUCAAUAUGUUUA